UUCCCGGAGUCAUUGCCGCGCCGACCACCGCGAGGAGCGCGUGUCGAAUUCGUUACGUUGUCAUUCAUCGUUUCUGGUGAGAGCCGCGCGCACGUCUCGCUACGGGACGCGCUCGAGACGUCAUCGUAUCGCAUCGUGCAUCGCAUCGCGGCCUGUCGGGGUUCUCGUUGAACAUUAUCCGGUCGUGCUGUUGUACGUGAGACGUGACGCGACGUGACGUGACGUGACGUGACGUGACGUGACGCGACGCGACGCGCCACGUCGAGCUCGCCCGCACACGUUCGCCGCGCUUUCGGAGCGCAAAUGUGCUUUCUAACCUCUCGCGCUUCUCGUCGUCCGUCGUUCAGUGAUACAAACCCGCCGGAAUCGUACGCGAAGAGUGAUCGUGUGUAUCAUCCUCGUGGUCAGGCAGUGUCGCUCGAGGGAGCGUGAUCGCGCACGAGCCGACGGUAUUACACACGGAUUGCGCACGAAAGUCGCCCGGCCCGGCUGAUACUCCGGGGACUACCUCGGCUACCUCGUUGCACGCGCGCACUGGCUGCGCUUCACGUGUCGUAAGCUGGAUCCGGCGCCGAGGAACGAUAACUUCGACCUGUCCUUGAACGUUCCGCAGCAUCACCAAACAUCGUAUCAUCACGACGGCUACAACAUGUCCGACCAGACAUUUCACACGCCGAGUUUCGGCGACGAGGAUUUCGACAUACCGGCUAUCCAUCCCCAUUCGCAUCAGCAACAACCGCAGCAGCAGCAGCAUCAUCAGCAGCACGAUCCCAUGCACGCGUAUCAGCCGCAGAUGAUGCAAGGUAGCGGUAUGCAGCAAUCACCGGACGGCCUGAGCCUGGACGCCGGUGGUUAUCAGCAACAGCUCUAUCUGCAACAGGAACACUCGAUGCAACCGAUCAAUGUCAGCUCGGCAUACGGCAGCUCCCAGAGCUCGUACGCGACGAUGAGCUCACCGCGUCAGCAGCAACACAGCGGACAGCAGCUGAUGAUGCUGCAGCAGCAACAGCAGCAGCAACAGCAGCAGCAGCAGCAGCAAGUUCAGAUGCAGCACAUGCAGUACAUGCAUUCUCAGCAGCAACCGCAGCAGCAGCAGCUGCAACAGCAGCAGCAGCAGCAACAGCAACAGCAGCAGCAACAACAGCAGCAGAUACAAUACAGGAGUCCCACCGGAGGCAGCCCAAACGCUAUACAGGCCAACAAUAUCCCGGAGGCGAACAACAACACCACGACGAGUGAAGACAGCGACGACAGUACUCCGCAUUCCGGAAUGAUCACGGUGAUGAAACGACUGUCGCCGGAACCGGCCGACGCCGGGGCGAAGAACCAAAGGAAAACAAAGCCGCAGAAGAAGAAGAAGAAGAGAGACCCCAACGAGCCACAAAAACCGGUGUCGGCGUACGCCCUUUUCUUCAGAGACACUCAGGCGGCGAUCAAGGGGCAAAAUCCAACCGCCACCUUCGGCGAGGUGUCGAAGAUCGUCGCGUCCAUGUGGGACGCGUUAGAAACUGAGCACAAAAAUGUUUACAAAAAGAAGACCGAGGCGGCCAAGAAGGAAUAUCUGAAGGCGCUCGCAGCGUACAGGGCAUCCCUGGUCAGCAAGGGCGCGGGUGAGAACGAACAGCAACAGCAACCCCAGCAGCAGCAACAGCAGCAGCAGCAGCAGCAACAGAUGCAAUACAGCGGAUAUUCGAGCUACGCUGGUAACGCUGCUCCUGGAAAUGUAACAUAUCAGGUAUACAGCCCGCAGCAUCAACCUCCGUCGCCUCAGCAGCAGCAUCAACAGCAACAGCAGCAGCAGCAACAGCAGCAGAUGGCCAUCAACAAGAAGUCGCCGCAUCACUUGGCGAUGCAGGGAAAUCCUCAACAACAGGGUUUAAUGGGCAACGUGAUGGCGCCACCGCACAUGACGCAACAGCAACAGCAGCAUAUGCAACAGCAGGUCUCUCAGCAACAAUAUAUGCAGGUACCGCAGCAACAGCAGGUGCAGCAGGUGCAGGUGCAGCAACAACAGCAGCAACAAAUAAUACACAUGAGUCCACCUAGGGGAGAUUUUAUCAAGUCUGAAGAGACUUUGUCGAAUUCAUCGCCAGUGAAUCCCUCGCAAGUGGCUAUGACGGGACAAAGGCCACCUCCACCUUGUAUACAUCACGGUUGUCCCAAUCCUGCUAUAUCCAAUAACGAGUGGGAGGACGAAUACUGCAGUAACGAAUGCGUGGUUAGCCAUUGCAGGUUUGCAGAUGUAUUCAACACGUGGGUAUCCUCAAAUCAAAAUCCUCAGCAAAAUUACUCCACGGUGAAAUAAGUGUUUUGCAAGGGAUGGACUGUGCUAAUCGACUACUCAAUGGCCUCACAGCUUAAUGGCCCGCUGUUAACCUGUAAAGUAAGAUAUUUAAACGGAUGUGUAUAUAGGUUGGUGAAUGGCAACUUUUUAAAGGAUCAAGACUGUUUGUGCAACAUACAACACAUUAGAAAUGUUGACGGACAGUCUACAAAUGCGUAUGCGAAUAAUGAAUGAUUAUAUACAGGUGUGUUUCAUGUGAGAGAGCGAGUGUGUUUGUGUGCGUGUAUGUGUGUGUGAAACAGAGGCGCGAAAAGUACAGAUAAAAUCGUUUCUUUUUAGAAAGAGAACUUAGAAUAUACAUUGAAAAGCCUUAUCCAAAAAAACUCAUUACUCUGGCCAAAGGUCUUCGUUUGUAAGGAGUGUAUUGCAACUUGAGCAAUGUAAAAAGUGCGUAUACACUUAUUAGAAAUGAAUCGACAACCAACUGUUUUGUACUCUCAGAUAUUCCUUACUGACAGGCAAGGCGUGCCAAUUGUAUAGACAUAAUUAUACAUUUGUUUCUCUCCCCCCCUUUUUUUGUUUCUUUUUUCCUAAUGUUAUAGUUAGAGAGCCACGGUGUUUUUCUUUCAAUCAUAAGUUCAUUGGCAAGCGUCGCAAAGACUUGCUCUUUGAAUUGAAUUGUCUCGAGAGCUGUGUUUCUUAAAACAUUUUUGCACUCGUCAUUACGACGUCGACAAAUGACACAGUACAAGUAAUAAAAAAAAGAAGAAAACACGGAAGCAGCGUGUGAAACGUGUAAAUAAGUCUGCACUACGUUCCAACGUGCGUUUCGUUCGCGACGUGAGAGCAAUGAACGAGGAUGAGAGGAGGAGGAGAAGGAGGUGGAGGAGGAGGAGGAGGAUUUGUAAUAGUGUGCUGUAUGACGUGACAGUGCCAUGGUCACUAAUUGUCAUGUUUCACUUUAAUACAUAUGGGGUUCUUAUAUAAGAGAAUUUUAGGAGAUAUAUUCGUAUAUACAUACACACAUAUUUCCGAUUAGGUGUACAUUUUUCAUUGUUUCAUUAACGCGGAAGUGCAUCCCGUUUGAGUUGAAUCGCCGUUAGAUGUAAACGAUCGUUUCUCGUCUUUCCCUCUUUGUUUUAGUUUUCUUUUAAUAAUGUAAUGCAAUUCCAGCUCAUCGCGUGAUACGUAUGAAACUUCGUUCGGACAGCAACAAGUCGCGGCAGCGUACUUUCUCUUACGGUUGGGUCUCUCUCAUCUCGUGUAUUGCGUCACGCGAGUAUCGUCCACCAUGAUCGCGGGAGAAUCUUUUGAUUUUUG